CACUCUGAAACUAACUCCAUAGUCUACAAUCACCCAUAAUUAUCCCCACAAAAACUGCCCAAAGAAGAAUAUGAGAAUGGGGAAAUGCAUAAGGUGCGGAAUUGCAUGUUUGAUGAUAAUAUGUGGAAUUGAAGCAGCUGCAGCUGCUGUUUAUACAGUUGGCGACUCUUCUGGUUGGUCGAUUGGUGCAGAUUAUGCCACGUGGACUACUGACAAGACCUUCUCCGUUGGUGAUACCCUUGCGUUCAACUAUCCUCCUGGCCACACUGUGGAUGAAGUGAGUGCAAGCGACUACAAGACAUGCACCAUCGGCAACGCCAUCGCCUCCGACAGCAGCGGCGCCACCUCCGUCUCCCUCAAGACCGCCGGCCCGCACUACUACAUCUGCGGCGUCCCCGGCCACUGCGGCGGAGGAAUGAAGCUCGCCAUCACCGUAGCAGCCGGAGCUGGAAACACCACUACCCUUUCUCCGGCGCCACCUGCCGCCGUCACGACACUAGCGCCGCCUACCGGCCUGGCGGUUCCGGCGGGGGGCACCUUUACUGAUCCGUAUUCAUCUUCCGCGAGGUUAUCUGUGGCGGCGGCUGCCGUCUUCGCAUUUUACGCUCUUGCAAUUUUCAAUUGUUUUAUUAUAUGAGAAUUCAUUACCAGGAUAGAGGCAGUGCUGCUUUAAUGCAUAUUGCUAUGCUUUAUUUUCCUACUUGUAUAAGUAUUAUUCAUCAUUGGACUAUCCAUGCUGUGUAUAGUUGCUAGCUUAUUUUAUUUUUAUUUCAGUGUAACUAGUUAAUAUGUGCUUUUUUGUUUUUGUUUUUUUGUCAAAAUAUGAUGAAGAAAAUGAUGUUCUUUGAAUUA